GGGGAGGAGGGGGACACCCGGACUCACCGUGGGGAGGCGGAGGAAGAGGAGAGGAGGGAGGAAGAGAAAAGGCGAGGAGGCAAGGGGCGGGGGGCGGGAGGCUUGCCACCUUCAGCCCCCCCCGCGAGCGCCCAAGGUGCGCACGUCCUGACCGACUCAGCAGGAAGGUGGAUUUUCUUUGUGUUUAAAGAAAAAAAAAAUGUCCCCGUGUCUGUAGAGAUGAUUUGCAGUUCAGCCCGGCUGAAGCUGACCGAAUGAGACUAUGGGCUGUGCCUCCGCCAAGCAUGUUGCCACUGUUCAAAAUGAAGAGGAAGCCCAGAAAGGGAAGAACUACCAGAACGGAGAUGUGUUUGGCGACGAGUAUAGGAUCAAACCGGUGGAAGAGGUCAAAUACAUGAAAAAUGGGGCAGAAGAGGAGCAGAAAAUAGCAGCCAGGAACCAAGAAAACUUGGAAAAAAGUGCCAGUUCAAAUGUAAGACUUAAAACUAAUAAAGAGAUUCCAGGAUUAGUUCAUCAACCCAGAGCAAACAUGCACAUCUCUGAAAGCCAACAAGAAUUCUUCAGAAUGCUGGAUGAAAAAAUUGAAAAGGGUCGAGAUUACUGUUCGGAAGAAGAGGAUAUCACAUAGCACCAAUUCGACCACUCAAACCAGGAGCUACUACUGUGUAAAUAAGUUACACCCCAGUUGAAAUCUUUGCAAAGGUCGGUUCUCUUCAACGAACAGCACUAUAGCAAACGAAGAUCGUUCCAUAUCGUAUGCCCCAUUAAAUUACAGUGUUUCUUAAUGAACUUGCAAAGGAAUAUUGCUAAAAACAAACAAACAAACAAACAAAACCGUUCUCGAACUUUCUUUGUUGCUGCUAGUUAAAACUUGUUGCAACUUUUCACUUCUCUUGUGUCCAGGUAUGCAGCAAAAUUCUGCAAUUUCACCUUAAAGAUACUGUUGGUUUUACAGAUGCUCUCCAACCUAUUUUCUAUAAGAUGAGGUAGUGGUGAACUCAGAUAUCAAACUCCUGUUGUAGAACUGUUCCGCUUCUAAGACAAGCGUCUCCUUUCCUCUCUCCUCCCUCCCUCCCUGUCCCUUCCGAGCGGUCCAGAGCCUUGCUUCUCACUGGCAGUGUUGCGCUUUGGAGAUGGGAUGGUUGCUAUGGCAAGCUUUGUUUCUCUGCUAAGAAGAAGUAGAGAAGCUCUUAUCCAUUAAAAGCAUGUUGUGACGUGACUCCCGGAGUGACGUGGGAGUGAGCAGCAGGUGUCAUUGACUAGGGAUCUUAAUCAAGGAUUAAGCUUGCAACACUGGCUUUGCUCAGAUGCAGACGGAAGUGUGAUCACAAUCAUUUUGAAUCCCUCUUCCCCACUUUUUUUUCUAAGAAAAUAAACAUUUUACUGUUUUUAUGUAUCCUUGUCUUCUCCCAUUCAUCCAGUUCAGUGUUUCACGAUGAUCCCGGGCGCAGAAGAUGAGCCCUCCUUUGCAGUGACACUGAUAAUUGACCUUCGUGGCUCCCUGCCCUCCCAUCCGUCACCCACCACCCAUUAGCAGGCUGUCAGUGGUCAGAAGAGAUGAGGGGACACCCGUCGACUUUUUAGGAGGGCCUGAAACCACCCUGUUACCUUUCAUUUCGUUAGCAAAUAAGCCAUCCUCCGUCCUCACUCUCUCCCUUCAGAAUGUUCCAUGAACCUUGCCACUUCCUCCUCCUCUUACCUGCAGCACUGGCUAGGACAGUGCAAAGCGUCUGCCUACUGGAAAUGUAGCACGUUGACACUGGUGAUGGUAUUUGGAGAUGCAGAAGCCAAAGCCCCAGGGCAGUGGUGGGGGAAUGUUGACUGUGGGUUUGGUAGAGUUUAUUUUUCCAUAUUAUAUGAAGAGAAUGAUCUCUUCUCGAAGACAGAAGUAAUAUUUUUAACAAAUGUUGUCACAAGUAAAUAGCAAUCAAAAAGGAGAAAAUAACUUUUGUAUUUUUUUAACGCGUUUGAUAGCUUUGAUGAGGGUUCUCUUUGUUACUGUCAGGGAAGGGCACCCUAUUAAAUGCUAUGCUAGGUUUGGGUUUGUCCCACAGAAACACAGAAGGAGCACUGGGUGUAUCUCUCUCGUGGGGUUUAUCAGCCGCACUGCCACCCUCCCAAGGUGGGUAGUUAUUUGUCCUGGGUAGCCAAGCAGCACCUGCCACGGAACAGAAUCAGAAGCUGAAUUUGCACUUGCUGAGGAGAUGAGCCUUGACUUUACAAUCCAUCCAUGUGCUAAUGGUGCGAGUCCUUAUCUCCGUUUAGACCGAGGGGCACAACAGUGAGGGAGAGGAAACUCAGUCAAGUGCUACAGAAAAUGGACUCAAAUGUUAGCAACAAAAGCCCUUAAUUCUUUCAGCCGACAGCAGCUAUUUUGGGGAGCAGCUGUGGUUGUUACAUAAAUAGAGAUGCAGCCAAAAUUUAAGGCUUUUUAUCCUGCUUUAAGCAGAAAAAUGCAGAGAGAGUCAAGUCGCCUAGGGUUCUAAGUUCCCUCCCUUUGUACGGUUUUGGCCAAGUGACUAAAAUAGUUUUCCUCCACCGUAAAUGAGCUGCUGAGCCCCACCUGAAACCUGUCCAUUCGGGACUUGGCCUACUGUUAGAUGAUUUCCUAUUCUUACCAGGCAACAAUGAUGCUGACACGAAGCAUCUUCCCUGUGACUCCUCUGUUUGGUGUCUCAGAGAGUGUCUUCCCAGAAAAUCACCGCCUUCUACCCAAAGAUAAAACAUGCUCGUAUCGUUUUUUUCCAGUCAUUUUUAACAUUUGACAUCAGACACAUGUACACGGAACUAAGUGUGUCCUGGGAAUUUGACUUCUGAGUGUUUCAUUAAACUAGAAGCCGGUUCCCAUGAACCAGGGCCUCUUCACCUGGAGUUCUGUCUCCUGGGUUUAACUCUUUGAUGUGCAGAUGUGAUUUCAUCUGCAGACACAUCGGUGUAUCUAGAAAUAGAUCUGAGAAAUGGGGUGGUUGAGUGGGUUGGCAUGAGAUGCUUGACUAUGUUAGCAGCACACAAAGCUUGUCUGUUUUCCAUCGUUGGCUUUAAUCAUAAAAUUGUCAAGUGAUUUGUGUUUGUACUUUAUUUUUUUUAUGCCUUCUGAAAGGGUCUAAUGCAAAAAUAUUUUGCCUUUCCCCUCCUCCCCCCCCCCCACCCAAGUGUAUCUGAACAUUAAGCAGAUUGUCUCAGAUACAAUGAAAAGAAUCAUCCAGAAACUAGUGCUUCAGCUGGCUGAGGACUCAGGGAGAUGGAAGGAGGGAGGGAGGGAGGGGAGUGGCCUGGCGAAUGGAGGUAGAAAAAGGAAGGAUGAGAAAUGGACUGAGAAGCUUUUAGCAGAGAGAGUCGAUAGCAUGGCCAAGUGCCGGAUGCAAUUCAAAAUCCAGCUGCCUGGCGGCCAGUGGGUGGGGCUGACUGCCAACAAGAUUUACAGCUGGAUUACACACGCUUUAUGUGUUCUAAGUUGUGGAGUUGUAAAAGUUCAGCAGUAUAUGCGCUGCUUUCUUUUGGUUGGCGGAGAUUCAAGAUUCUGGAGUCCUUGCUGUCAUAACUGAAUACGCAUUUGUUACUGGCAGAGAACCUCAAAAGAAGCUUUUACCUCAGCAAUGCUGCUAGCCCCAGGCUGGAGCAUAGAGCCGUGUUAUGGUCUAUUUAGGGACAAAGAACAGUACAAAGUCCAGAGACGAGGAAACUAGGUCAGCCCUCGGUGGCCACCCACAGGCCCGCUGGGAGACAGGUCUCUCCCCCUCUGCAGAGCCCCUGGUCUGAGACGGGCCGUCUCUGACUCGAAUAAGAGAUGAGAUGAGCUGGUGGAGGAGUAGCCUCAGGUCGUCUGGGCUCUGCACUGGCGCUGCCGCAAGUCAAGGGCGCCCCCAGAGUCCGAAGUGACCCGCCUGUGACCUCAGAGCCCCCAGGAGCAGCCCAGGGACGGUGGCGCCCCCUUCCUGGCCCCAUUUGAUGCCAUCCUGCUUUGAGUUGCACCUCUGUCCUCCUCCCAACCUCAUCAAGACUUUCUUCCUCUGAGAGCCAGACUCUCCCAUAAGCCCGCUAAAAGCAGAAAUUAUACCUCUCGUGAAUUUUACCUCAGAGCCUGUGAUGCAGGCCAGCAUAUUGAUUACAAAUUCUGCUCAGACAUUAGGCAAGGAUUUUAAGAGCGCUCCAUCUCUACUGGCCUUAGAAAAGAAACUCCGUUAAAUAUGUUGGUUUCCUAGGAAGAAAAAUGAUCAAAUUCUUAAUCCAAGAAAAUACUGACUCUGAAUCUUGGACUCCGGGACUCUAGUAUGUUCUUUAUGAAAGGCAAAACGAUUGGUGUCUAAGGCAGCCUCCCUCCUCCCAACUCCCAAAUUAAAAAAAAAAAAAAAAAAAAAAAAAAGGCGUAUUAGAUUGCACUGUAUAAUUUUACAUAAAAUCUGCCUUCCAUGCUUCUGCCCCUGGAAGGCAUUUUCAGAGUUUUAUUUCUUUGUACCUCUCAGAAAUAAAGCUUUUUGUUAAGUUGCUUGAAACACCAGAAGGAAAAGAAGACCGGGUCGAGGAAAGGGAAUAUGUAUUUAGAGACAUGAUGAAAAGGUGGCAGGAAGCAGGAACAUUGGCUUCUGGAAGUCACGUGUGGACUGCUAGACCCCCACGCGCUUGUGUGAAGCUGGAUAAGGCUGUCGGCUUUCACACCGCGGCAACUGUCCUUGCAAUAAACCUUUGGAAUUUUGUGAAUGAGUUGUAUGGGUUGCCUUUUGCCAAUGAAUGGACCUGUUUUUCCAAGUGGAAAAUAUGUCCUUCAGUCACCUUUAUGUGUGUCUCUGGGAAAGGGUCAAAAGGCUACAGCAGAAAAUGAAGAUGGCGGGUGAAUAUAUUUACGUUUGUGACAAACCUGAAGACUCUCUAUACCACGUCUUUCAGGAGACUCUUGUACCUUAUCUGGGAUCUAAUCUUAAUCUUGGGGAAAGAGGAAAAGAAACUAAUAUUUAUUAAUUAUACUCAACUCUGUGCCAGAUACUGUGCUAGGCAUUGUAUGAUUGUCUCGUAUAAUCCUCACCAUAAUCCUGUGAAGCAAAUCUGUUCCCCUCGUGUCCUAAGUAGUGUAUCGUAAGUACAGAAUGCAUCUAUCCGACAUAAAUGCCCAUGUUGAAAGAAGGAAAGAUGUCAUUCAAGUAUUUUCCGAAUUUUUUAUUAUUACUAUGCCCUUUGCAACACUGUGAAAACAACCCUUUGAGGGUAUCUACCUUCCAGACUCUCUUUGGCUCGUCACCAGCUGGCUUUGCCAUGGGGAAUGUUUUCUUUGGCCUUCCUGUAUCUGAUGAGCUGCCCACAAACAGGAGAGGCCACUGGCUAACAGGAGUGUAGGGUCCACAAGAAAAAGGCUUUGGGAAUUUAAGCACAGGUCUCUCUUCUUGGAAUCCUGACAGCAUCUGGAAAAGGAACCUGGGACUUCUGCAGUUAAACACCAGAUGCAGCCAGAACAGGCCUUUGAAUGCUUGAUUUCCUUCCCUGGCUCCCCAGGCUUAUUUCAUCACAGGCUGCACCAUUUUAAGGUGAAAAGCCUUAACCUUGCAGAGAAGUGUGGGAGAAUCUGAGCUCCAAAGGUAGAGGAAAGGCCUCGACCAUUGACUUACAAUCCUUUCUUGUGGGCUAGGUCUUGAUGUCUCUUUUUGAUGUUUGAACCGGGGUCUGUAUUUUCCAGGCUAGUAUAAGCACUGAAACUAGAUGUGAAUCUCUCUCAAGACUUUAAUGUUUUGGAUAGUCAUGUAGUGACUUGAAUAGUCAUUUAAAUAACUCGUCCAAGGUCAGAAGAGCCCAAGAAUUCCCCAGAGUUCCUUUCCUUGCUUCUAAAGGCACAUCCUCGAUAGAAGAUGACUCACGUCUCCAUGGCAACUGUUAAAGGUGCUGCCUAGAGAGGACCCACCCCUACCCUCACUUGGGUUGAAAGAAUCAAAAGAAUUUCCUUGUGUAGAGGGGGUGCUAAGUUCAGUUUUCCUGUGAAAACUAUCCCCAAGAUCUCACCUCCUUCAAACCCAGCAGCUGUCAAAUUCCUUCAAGAUAACGUGGGAAAUGGCUCUUCUCUCUUGUAAGCCAGAGAAAUGGCUUUAAUUCAGCAAGAUUCAUUCCUAAACCAAAGGCCUCAUUCUAAUACUGUCUUCCGCCUCUACCCAGAAUUCUCUGUUUUUCCCUUUCUAGGAGUUAUUUUUAGUCCAAGGCUUUGAACUUGAUUGAGUAAGACUUAGAGGCAGUAAAAAGAACUCCAUAAACUCAGCCAGAACUGCCUUAGGGUCCCUAGGAUUGAAAAUAGCUCUGGCACCUUAGGGACCACUUGGCCUAGACCCAGAGGUGAUCGAACAGCCCCUGUGUUUUGGGCAUUUCCGUCCAGACCUUCAGGGACUGUUCUUUCUUGACAGUCAAGUGAGCGAGGGAAGGGAAGCUUCACAAUAGAUUUCAAGCCAGCUUUUCCAUUCAAAACAAGAUGCAAAUUUAUUUUUAAAAAUUCAUAUCUAUUUCCCUGGAACAGAAUCAGGCAGCUGCCUUAUUAGGACUCUAAAUUUGGAUCUAUUUUCUUAACACACACACACAUACACACACACACGCUCACAUGCACAUGCACAAAGAUGCAUAGAGAAAGAAAAUAUAACUACUUUAUCACUGAAAUACUUCAAGGAAAAGCUGUAUUUUGCUUUUUGUAAUCUCUAAGAUGACAUCUAGGAAAGUAUUGGUGUAACUCUAGUAAUGACAAAACAGGAAACGCUGGUGAUCCCUCUCGUGAAAGUUUGAGUUAGACUGAAACAGGAGGAUAGAGGUCUGCUGGUCACCUCACCCUGUGCCCCCUCUGGACCAGGCUGCCCUGCCACUGACAUGUUUGACUUACCUGGGCUUCUAGCCUGGAUAUCGUGGCUGGCCUCCUUUCCCUAUCCGUGGUGCAUAAAGGAUUCAUCCCUCAGGGUAUGUGCCUCGUCCAGCCAUUUGCAUCUACAGCGUUUCCUACACGCUCUCCUGUUCAUCCAGUGUGACCUUGACUGGCAUUUCGGCAGUUCCACUAGGAUGCUCCAACAGCAGUGCUGGAGCCCCUUCCUGUAGGAUUUGGGGCCCUUCCUCCAGGUUGUCCCAGAUGUAGCAUGUUUAGCAUUGCCUUCUCCAGUGUUGAGGACUCAUGCAUUCAGUGUUUAUAGAGCGCACAGUAUACUCCAGGCACUGAGCUAAUUGCCAGCAAUACCCGGUUGAACCAAACAUAGCUCCUGCCCUCAAGGAGCCUGCCAUUAGUUGGGAAGACACUGUGGGAUCAGUACUGGGUGCUGCGGGAGCAUCUCAGAGUAACAGCCGACCGGCUUGGAGAAUCAGGGGCUCCCCGAAAGGGGUGACAUCAAAGCUCAAGUUUGUUAGAGGACUGAGGGAGAGCGUUGCAAAGGGCCUUCUACGCUGAGGGAACAGCGUGCGUCUCAGCCCAAAGGAGAGACAGCGUAGGCUGUCGGGGUAAAGUCGCUGAAGCUGGGAGCUGAGGAGUCGAGGAAAGAGGGUGAGGACAAGCAGUCAGCUGGCUGGUCCCAGAGGACCUCAGAGGCUUCACAGUGGACCUGGGGUGGGGGGGUUAAAGAAGAGCUAUAGGCCAUGCUCUGCCCUCCGAGUCAGAGGUCACUGCUGAGGUCACCCAGAGAGGUAAGUGUGGGUAGCACCAGGGCCAGGCUCGGCCCUCUUGCUGUGAAAGCUCACAGUUGCUCACUGAGAUGAUUCGUUCCCAGGUGUCCUCUGCCUCUGCCCCCACCCCACCCCAGCACCUUGUCCUCCCGCCAAAAGCUGUUUGCAUUCAAGGGCUUUAACCUGGGCUAGAUCUUGCUUAGAGGCAUACAGGGCACACUGCCUGGCCAUCCUGACCUGUCCGUGGAGCCACGAAGGUUAAGAAUACCUCUUGGAAGGAGGCUGGCCUAGACCCUGUGAUGAGGGUGUGCCCUAAGCUGAAUACAUGGGAAGCAGCAGAGGGCUGGCUGGCCUAGUGUGACCCCUUCAUUCAUUCUACCCAAAGGCUGCUGCGCUCGGGCAGCCUUUCACCGAGUUAGGUCACGCCCUGUGGCCAAGCCUUUGCUCUGUCCGGAGUACCUACCUGAAUCCUGCCAAAGAAAGGGGAUAUAAAAAAAAAAAAAAAAAAAAAAAAAAAAAAGCACAAAUGGAAUGUAUGCACAUGGAAAAUACCUGCAGGCCUAGACAGCUGCCAUGGACCUCACGGGGACCGAGGAGCCACCAGAGUUCAGAGCUCUGCGCCUUCUGGUCAUGAGGCAGGGAGGCUUGGGGAGAAGCAGUCUCUCUGUGGAGACAAUUCACAGUGCCUUCUCGGUUUUCCAGAGAACCCAUUAGGAGUUUAGAGCAUUGGGUUCUGCCCUCCCCCAUCCCCACAAAUGAUUAGAAAUUUUAUAAAGAGAAGAGAAAGAAUUCAAUGAAUCAAAAUACUAGCUAUGAGGCAGCACGGUUUCUAGAAACUUAAGAAAAGGCUCGAACAAGUGCUGGUUUCCCCAAGAGGCUGGAGGAAUUAGGGGCCGAAGGUACAGUUUGGUCUUCUGCUCGGGGACCCCAAAGGAUUCUGAAUAUUCCUGGGGACUGACCUCUUGCAAAACCCCCACACCUGUCCCCUGGGUGCAGCCUUGGCAUAUUCUACAGCAACACCAGCCUUCUGAACCUUGGAAAGAUUGGAGCUCAAACACCACCCUUUUGCCAGAUGCUCCUCUGGCUCCUUGCUGAGGAAUUUCUAAUUCGGUGUCUCGUGGUUCCCAAAUGUCCCACAGGCCUGGCCUGUUUCGAUUAGAAUUUGGCCCGCGGUUACCAUGAUGUUGGAAAUUGAAGAACCUUUGGCCUCACACUCGCCUACCUUAAAAUCAAGGUCCUGGAGGGUCCCCUCGGUGGCAGUAGGGGGUGGUCAUGGGAUAUGGCGAGGUUUGCCUUAGGGCAUCCUCUCCCCAUUGUCAGCUCUGGUCUAGUUCCCUCACUGUCCCCGGGAAAAGAUCCAAAUGCCUCCUUGCUGGUUGUCAGUGGCUGUGUAUUUGUUCCGCGUAUUGUGUUUUAUUUGGGAGAAGGGCCUUACAUUCACGGGAGACAAUAGUGGCAGGAUCAGGAGGCAUCAGCUCUCAGUUGUGUCUGAGAGGUGACUAGGGGCAUCGCCUUUCUGAGCACCUGCAAAGCUUCCUCGGGCGGACAUGGGAGCCCAGCUGGGCAGGCUCCCCAGCUCUCUGCAUGCACAUGAACUCUGUAAAGCAGUGGGUGCCCAUUAUUUCCACCGCACAUGCCUAUCAGCAAAAACUCUGUGAGAAGCACCUCCUCUGUAUGUUUAGAAAUUUAUUUAAAGCGCAUAUUCACAAUAUUCCUGUGCUAAUAUAUUAGACACAUUAUAAAAAGUAUACAACAUAGAAAUCUUAAAAGAAUAAGAUAAAAAAAUAUCAUAAACAGAGGUUCUGGUAUUUUCUCUCUCAACACCUGAGGGGGAUCUCAAGUACCCCCCUGGGAUGUGCAUACCCGCUUUGGACACUACUGUUUUAAGAGCAAAGCUGCACACCUUGAUGGCGUCCAUCCCAAACCACCGUGCUGGCGCUUGGCCUGCGGAAUAAGAAGGUCUUAAGAUAAAAUCCCCAGGAGCUUCUGACCUGGGAGACAGGGCAAGCAAACUCUUCACACAACAUAAUUUAAAGAAUUAAAAACCUGCCCGACCGGAAAGCUAUCCCCAGACAGUCGUGGCUACAGGUGCUAAGAAAAGAUCAGGUACACUGUCCAGAGUCGUGGGAUUGCUCAUCUUCCCUCUCUGGGUCUCCAGAAGAGGACGUUUGGCGACAUCCCCGGCUCUCUCAUGAUUGGAAUUCUUUGAACCCUCCAACUGCUUCAGCAGCCACAUCGCUCGAAUAUUAUUGUUGAUUUGACCACCAAGAUGUAAUGAUGAUUCUGUUCCAUUUUGAAAAGGGUCUGAGAAAGUGUACAGGUCUAAUUAUAUAUACAUAUUUAUACAUGUGUAUUUUUGUUUAUUGUUACAUUUUGACAUUGGACUUUCUAUUAAAUAAUUUUUAACAGUU